AUUCAUUGAGGCUAUUUUGUGUUCAUUACACUUUACCAAAAAGCAGUGGCUCAAGCUGUCAGGCUAACAUUUCAUUAAGGCUAGGGAGAGAAUUCAGGUGUAGGUUCAGAGGUUCGGAGUUUUUUAGAUUUAAACUAUAGCUUCAAAACAUCGACCAACGACAUCGAGAUAGAAACUUACCAGCAGGUGGUGGCUAGCAUCAAAACACGCUGUAAAAGGCUGAGUGUUUAUAUGCCUUUAAAGAAAGAUGCUGUGGCCAAGUUUUUGCCUCUUUAUCCCGGUUCUUUUCGUGGAGUGCGUAUCUGCUAAUGAACAGUGCAAGGUGGAGAUCAAUAUCCAAGGCAUGAGACUUGAAAAGUUCGUCUUCAAAAGGAUGUCAGCAUCAGCUCCCUAUAUCUGUGAUAUCUGAUGUGGACAAGAAAUCACCUGCCAAAGCUACAACUACAAUAGAAAGAAGGAGAUCUGCGAACUAAACAACCGCACCAAAGAGGCGAGGCCUGAAAACUUUCGCUCGUCCCCUGAUUGUUUUUAUAUCAGGCGUUUGAAUGGAAGAGUACCUUUGGGUUCCAUUGUCGAAUUACCAGCACUAUCUUGCCAAGAAAUAAAAGCAAGUGAGGGAAAAGAUGCCAUUAGCAAUAAGUACUGGCUGAAUCCAACUGGUAAUGGAAAGACACAGUUAAUGUAUUGUGAUAUGAAUUUAGGAACUGGAGACAUCGAUGAAUGCAAGAGUAAUAUCUUGCUCUGUAGCGUCAAUGCAAACUGUUCAAACACUUACGGCUCGUAUAAAUGCACGUGCAAGGAGGGAUACAAUGGAACUGGAUAUGAAUGUAGAGAUAUCGAUGAAUGCAGAAAUGGCAGCCACCUUUGUGACGCAAAUGCCAAUUGCAUCAACGUCAAUGGCUCCUAUAACUGUACAUGCAAGAAAGGUUUUUUGGGAGAUGGUCAGAUAUGUUCAGAUAUUGACGAAUGUGUAAAUGGCAGCUUUAUUUGUGGUGUGAAUGCGACCUGUGUAAACACCAAUGGCUCUUAUGGCUGUACUUGUAAGGAGGAAGAAUCAGUAGGAGAUGGAAGUGCUUGUUCAGGUGAGGAAUGCCGAUCCAUUAUUUUCAAAGAACCCCUACUGGAAAAAGUCAUGAAAGGCCAUCUGAUCAGGAUUGUAGAGGUGCUCCAUCAAAGCAGCUGUAAUGUGCUGUGUUAUAUGGAGCCCAAUUGUGUGUCCAUAAAUCUUGGGCCUUCACAAGGAGGGAACUACCUUUGUGAGUUGAACAAUGCUUCGAACGAAAGUCCAAGCUCGUCCGACCUUCAGAGUAAAGAAGAUUACAUCCAUCUCAGUAUAGAGAACCCCUGCAGCAGCAGUCCCUGUUUCAACAAUGGCACAUGUCAGGCUGGAUACACUGGUAAAGGAUUUCGCUGUGGAUGUCCUUUAGGAUUUACUGGUCUAUACUGUAAGAAAGCCUGCAGCCUUGACUUUGAAGAUGGAAUUGGCGGGUGGGAAAUGACAGGUAGAGCUUUCAUUUACCAGCCUACAUUUGGUGACAAUCCAGUGUAUCGCAGGAGAGAAAGCGCCAAUCUGCAAGGGAACUGGUGGAUAGGGGGAGCUGAGAAACGGCCCAAAGAGAGCGAUCCCGCAGGACUGCAGCAUCCAGAUGGAUCCGACGUACCCAAAGGAACUCUCACCUCACCUUGUUUUCGUAUCGUCGGCAAGAAUAUCUCGUUUCUCAUUGGUGGGGGAUGUACCGUAACUGAACUUCGUGCGGAGCUUAUUGUCAACAACCAGGUCGUCAGAAAUGAGACAGGAAACUGUGGGGAGACAAUGUACCGUAAGGACUGGGACGUAGAGGAGUUUAUUGGUCAAUACGCGCAAGUCAGAGUUGUAGAUGAGACUUCUGGUGGUUAUGGUCACAUCAACUUUGAUGACCUUAAGGGAGAUAUUAUUUGUCCUCACGAUUUAGACGAGAACAACUGAAGAGA